AUGUGGUUGAUUAUGAAAGUUUUAGUCUUUCAUUUCAUAGGAUUUCUUCUUCUCGGUGGCGUGCUGCCUGCCUAUGCUCAGGAACGUCGCUAUAAGUUCGUGUUGAGAGAUGCUCCAUACACAAGGCUUUGCACCAACAAGACAAUCUUGACAAUAAAUGGACAAUUUCCGGGGCCAACUAUAUACGCUACUAAAGGAGAAACGGUCAUUGUUGAUGUUUACAACCGAGCAAACGAAAACAUCACCAUUCACUGGCAUGGAGUGAAAAUGCCAAGAUAUCCAUGGUCUGAUGACGAGGAAGGGACAUUGUGGUGGCACGCUCAUAGUGAAUGGUCACGUGCUACCGUGCAUGGUGCAAUCAUUAUUUAUCCCAAGAAGAAAAAUGACUAUCCUUUCCCCAAGCCACAUGCUGAAGUUCCCAUCAUACUAGGAGAGUGGUGGAACAGUGAUGUGGAAGAGGUUAUGAAUGAAUUCAUUGCAAGCGGAGGGGAUCCAAAUGUUUCCGAUGCUUUCCUCAUAAACGGUCAACCCGGGGAUCUAUAUCAGUGCUCCAGAUCAGAUACAUUCAAGUUGACUGUGGAUUAUGGCAAGACUUAUCUACUCCGAAUGGUUAAUGCAGUGAUGAACAACAUUAUGUUCUUUUCCAUUGCAAACCACACUAUUACUGUAGUUGGAUCAGAUGGCAGCUACACGAAACCGUUAAAGAGCAAUCUUAUUGCCAUUUCCCCAGGGCAAACCAUUGAUUUCUUGUUGGAAGCUAACCAAAAACCGAGCCACUAUUAUAUGGCUUCCAGGGUUUAUGCCAGUGCGGGGAAUUUUGAUAACACAACUACAACAGCUAUUAUCGAGUAUAGGGGAAAUUAUACUCCACCAUCAUCUCCAUUGCUUCCAAAUCUUCCCAAUUUCAACGAUACAAAUGCUUCGGCUAAUUUCACAGGGCAACUCAGAAGUUUAGCCAAUGAAAAACAUCCUGUUGAUGUUCCUUUAAAUGUGACCACUAAAUUAUUCUUUACCCUUUCCAUCAAUUUAAGCCCUUGCCCCAAUAAUUCAUGUGAGGGGCCUUUUAAUGAACGUUUUUCAGCAAGUGUAAACAACAUAACCUUUCAGCUGCCUAGAGUCGCCAUUCUUCAAGCUUAUUACAGGGGCAUCAGAGGAGUUUAUGGAGAUGACUUUCCCAAUGAUCCACCAUUGACUUACAAUUAUACUGCAGAUGUCAUCCCUAGGGACCUGUGGAGGCCUGAAAAUGGGACAGAUGUAGUAGUUCUUGAUUACAAUUCCACAGUAGAGCUUGUGUUCCAAGGAACGAACACAGUAGCAGGAAUUGAUCAUCCUAUGCACUUACAUGGAUAUAGCUUUUAUGUGGUUGGGUGGGGAUUUGGAAACUUCGACAAAGACAAAGACCCUUUGAACUAUAAUCUUGUCGACCCUCCUCUAAUGGAAACAAUUGCAGUUCCAAGAAGAGGAUGGACAGCUAUCAGAUUCAAGGCAAAUAAUCCAGGAGUUUGGAUGAUGCAUUGCCAUUUUGAGCGUCAUGUAAGUUGGGGAAUGGGAAUGGCUUUCAUUGUCAAAAAUGGCAAGAGUCGAGAUGCUAAGAUGUUGCCUCCUCCUCCCGACAUGCCAAGGUGUUGA